AGAAGGCCAAGGUCCCCUGGAUGUCCCCGGGUGUCAGCCAGCUUGAAAGACGGCCUCCUCUACUCUUGAUUGAGUGCUGGGAUUCUGCUGCUGCCAUAGGCUGGCAGGGUGAGAUCAAGGGCUCCUCUAAAUGGCCGUGAAGUCCAGGAUGAGGCAGAAUGGCUUCACGCUGCCUGCAUAACAAGUCUAGCUCUGGAAGACAGAACAGAGGUGAUGUUUCAGUGGUCUCUACAAUGCCUACCAUGAGCUUCGCUGUUCUCAAGUAAAUACUAGGCAAUUUCAGCAGCCACUCCUGCCUCCCCUACAAAGCUAGGUGUCAUGUGCCACCCCCACUAAGAGCGUGAAUUCAUAUCUCUGGAUGUCACUGUACUGCUGCCCAGCUCAUGAGGCACCUGCUCAACUGACUGAUUUCUUUACCCUUGUCAGUGUUCCGAAUAGCCGUGCAUCUAUUUUAACCAGGCAAGUCAAGUGCAAGUUGUUUUUCAUUUGGGAUGACAGCGUACAGCAGCACAAGCAGAGCAAGGUUGGAUUUUUGGAAAGCAGACCCUUAGUAUGGGGCAAAAUGCUCACCCGCACUCUGAUGCUGGUUUUCUUUAUUGGCUGUUCCUGAGCCUGCAGCCAGAGGAACAGUCUCCUGUGUAACGGCAGCUUUGGACAAUUUUAUUGGCUGAUGAAUCUGAUCUUGCCUGGCCACCUUCCAGAAACACUGACUUGCCCGAGAUGAGAGUGAGAGGAAGGUUGCUCUGCCUUAGGCUGUAAAGCUAUUGUUUCGAGACCAGCGUGACACCCAUGCCUUGCUGCACGAAAACCCCCACAGCUCAUGCCAUGAAGGAGGAGAACUUUCUUCGUCGCAGGUUCUCCCUCUGCCCAGCCUCAUCCACCCCUCAGAAGGUUGAUCCUCGCAAGCUGACACGCAAUCUGUUCUUUGGGGCUGACAAUGACAUCUAUCCACUCAGUCCAGGAAAAGAUGUGGAAGGAAACAGCCCAUCAAUGCUGAAGGAUGAGGCUCCACAGACGCCAAACUCAGUUAGCAAGAUUGAAUAUAAGUUUUGCAAUGGAUCUGACAAAGACUGUGUGUCUCCCACGGCCAAAUUCACUAAGAAAGAAACACUGAAGGUCCAAAAAAAAAAUUACAGACAGGAGAAGAAAAGAGCUACCAAACAACUCUUCAGUGCUCUGAAGGAUCCCAGUGUAGUGAUCACAGCAGACUGGCUGAAGAUUCGUGGGACCCUGAAGAGUUGGACCAAGCUGUGGUGUGUUCUGAAACCUGGAGUGCUGUUGAUCUAUAAGACACCAAAGAUCGGACAGUGGGUUGGGACAAUCUUGCUCCAUUCUUGUGAGCUGAUCGAGAGACCCUCCAAAAAGGAUGGCUUCUGUUUUAAACUUUUUCAUCCUUUGGAUCAGUCAAUAUGGGCUGUAAAAGGCCCAAAGGGAGAAAAUGUUGGUUCCAUCACUCAGCCUCUUCCCAGCAGCUACUUGAUUUUCAGAGCAGCAUCCGAAUCAGAUGGCCGAUGCUGGCUGGAUGCUCUGGAACUUGCCCUGCGUUGCUCCAGCCUCUUCCGACUCAGUGCCUCCAAGCAGGGAAAGGAUGGAGAAAUGAAUGGCUCAAGUGAUUCUGCAAAUGGGGGGCUCAACAACAGCUUGCACACAAGCCCCAUCUCAGACCAGGAGUUCUUUCAUUUGAAUGAUUCAGCGGUGGAGAACCACCAGCAGUUGGAAAAUGAUGCUUUUUCGGACAAGUCUGAGAGAGACAAUGUGGAAGAAUCAGAAAAUGAAACACUGGACAACAGCCGGAAGACAAACGAAAGCGAGAGCGAUCAGUCGGAAAUCCAGGGAGAGGUUUCUCUAGAAGGGAAAGGGACAACUUACGUUGAACAGAACUAUGAGGAAUUUGGGGAGACAGGUGAAUCAUCUCAAACGGAAACUGUCUCUGAGGAGAACAAGAACCUGAUGUUGAUCCUGCUGAAGCAGCUGCGGCCUGGCAUGGAUCUGUCUCGGGUGGUGCUGCCCACCUUCAUCCUGGAGCCACGCUCAUUCCUGAACAAGCUCUCCGAUUACUAUUACCAUGCCGACCUGCUUUCCCAGGCUGCCCUUGAAGAUGAUCCAUACAGUCGAAUGAAGCAAGUUUUGAGGUGGUAUCUGUCUGGCUUCUACAAAAAGCCAAAGGGAAUAAAAAAGCCAUACAACCCUAUUCUUGGAGAGAUAUUUCGCUGCUGUUGGUUUCACCCUCAGACAAACAGUCACACGUUUUACGUAGCAGAACAGGUCUCCCAUCAUCCACCAGUGUCAGCUUUUCACGUCAGCAAUAGGAAGGAUGGGUUCUGUGUUUCUGGCAGCAUUCUAGCACGAUCCAAGUUUUAUGGUAACUCACUUUCUGCAUUGCUAGAUGGGAAGGCAAAGCUUACGUUUCUAAGCAAAGAGGAAGAUUACAUAAUCACAAUGCCAUAUGCCCACUGUAAAGGAAUUUUAUAUGGUACGAUGACAAUGGAGCUUGGAGGGACAGUUACCAUUGACUGUGAGAAAACUAACUACAAGGCAGAACUGGAUUUCAAGCUUAAGCCCUUCUUUGGUGGCAGUGGAAGCAUUAAUCAAAUCGCUGGGACGAUUAAAUCAGGAGAAGAAGUGUUAGCAACUCUCGAAGGACACUGGGAUGGGGAGGUAAAUAUACGUGAGCCGAAAAAUGGGAAUGUGGAAAUGUUCUGGAACCCAACUAGUGAAGUACGAAAACAGAGACUGAAGCGCCAUAUUGUGCUAUUUGAGGAGCAGACUGACCUUGACUCAGAAAGGCUUUGGCAGCAUGUUACAAGUGCAAUAAACAACGGUGAUCAACACAAGGCAACACAGGAAAAAUGUGUGCUGGAGGAGGAGCAGAGGAAUGCUGCCCGGGAACGAAGAGAGAAUGGCACGGAAUGGAAACCUGUGCUCUUCUGGCAUGAUUCCACGGCUAAUGAAUGGCGUUACAAAUACGAGGAUUUAAGACCUUGGAAUGCUUCGAAUGAUAUUGCCCAAUUUGAGAAGAAUGGGAUACUGAAGACCGUGGAACGAUAUUCGUCUAGAAGGAAAACAACAUGCACAAGCAGUCAAAUUACGCUGCACGAAGGAUCUACCAAAGAUGGCAGACACCGUAAAACCAGUGAUCAACCAUCCAAUCACAGCCAGAAUACAGACAGCAGCUGUUCAACGCCAGAGUCUGUACUAGAGCUGUCAGAUGAUGAUGGCAAGUAUCUAGGGGUUGGUAGUCUGUGCGCUCAGUGUGGGAAAGAAGUGAAACACCUAAAGGAAAUUCGUUCAGCUGUCUUAUCUCUACAGAGAGCCCAACGGGAUAUACGCAGAGACCUCAAAGUUCUGAACAAAAAAUCCUUCCCCAGUAAGGUCUCUUCUGGAAGCUUCCUGCUGGACUCUCGCUGUUGGUUUCUCCUUUGCAUCUUUCUUACAUGUCAACUAUUCAUCAAUUAUGUCUUCAAAUAAAUGCACCACUUUGGCAGCAAUAACAACUACUGGCUGCAGGAAGGGGGGGCACUCACAUGUGGAGUCCAGUGAGGCACCAAAGCACUUUAGAACCAACGCAGCAGAGAUGGAAGAAAGUUGAAAAACAAGGUGGAAAAGAGACCUAGGAACUUUGUUCCUGCAGAUUAUGUCAUUUUUGCCUUUUACAUGUACAUCUUCAAGGACCUCUUAACCUGUAUGGGCCUUAAUGCUGAAGCCAAAUGUAGCUUUAAUUGUGCAAUUUGUUUUCUAUGUUUCAUCAUUUUUUGAUGCAGUUACUAAUUACCCAUCGGUAUUAGUACCCCCAAAAUGGUAAAACACAGCAGUGUUUUAGAAAAGGCACUCCAGCCUGGUUUGCAGCUCUCCAAGGAAGGGAAUAUAGGCGGGGAGCUGUACAGAGCUGAUGUUCAUGGUGCCUGUCUGGCUGCAUUUAUUAUGGGACGGAACAUACUUGGUCCAAAAAAUCCACCCCCCAGGAUAUUAGGUCAUAAUUUGUUUUGUCAGCACACACAUGCAGAACGGGACCUCAGGAUAUUUUGUUUUCCAUUCCACAGUAGUUGUAAAUAUGCACAACUUCCGAGUGCCAUUCCUCUUCAGGAAAUGGGAAGUAUUCAGUGAAAGCUUCUGAUUCACCUCCAGAACUGAUUGGUGUUUUGGACCAGGCUCACGGAGCAUCCUGUCAGACAUGUCUGUUCAUAAAACCUGGUCUCUUACUAUUAUUAUUAUUAUUUGCCAUACGGCUGUUUUAUAAUAUUACACGAAAGCAUUGUAGAGAAGAAUCACUGCCCCAGGAGAGGUGAGAAAGACGGGAGCAAUGGGUGUACAUGUGUUUGGUUGUAGGCACUUUUAUUGUGAAAGGUCAGGAAGGAGGAAGGGUUUUGCCACUGCUUUGUUCAAAUCUGUUAAUAGUCUUCCUAUUUUACACCAUUUUUAAAAGAUUUGCAAUAUUUUCUGUAGACCGCAGACAAUACUAAGCCUUUCUUUUCUGGCCUGAAGUAGAUCCAAGUGGUAAGUACUGCUAUAUAUACAGCCUUAAAAUACUUAGUGGUGGUGCCAGUCUGGGCUAUCUUUCAAUGUAAAUGUUUCCAAAUUUUUAACUACAUUCCUCGUCGUAUUCCCCAAGUAGGGGAAACCUGUUUGUGCUUGAUAUGUUGAAAUAAAAUUACACACAACUUUCAA